AUGACCGUCCUUGAGCAACCUACCAGUUCGAUCCUUCGAUCUGGCAGUGGGAAUGUGGCUCUCGGAAUUGCUGUGGUUGCAUUCAUGGCCAUUGCGCUAUACAACGCGCUCGAGCUAUCGAUACUCAUUCCGCUCAGUUUCAAACGAUACAACACUCUAUAUUUCUGGGCAUUGCUGAUAUCCACCGUUCUUGGUGUGAUUCCCGCCAUCCUUGGGCCUAGCUUCCAAUUCUUCAACCUAGCACCCCUGUGGUUGAGCUUGACUCUUUCGAACAUCGGCUUUAUGUUCAUGGUGCCCAAUCAGUCCGUCGUGCUUUACUCACGGCUGCACCUGGUAUCCCAGAGCCCCAUGGUGCUAAGCAUGGUCAAGUGGUUGGUCAUUCUCGGGGGAUUCGUUGUUAUCCCAGCCAUCGUUUUGAACUUUGGAUCUUGCUACCUUCCACACGAUUCAUCGUGGACAAACGGAUUCGAAAUUUUCGAGCGGUUGCAGUUGACCUGGUUCGUGGCACAGGAGAUGUUCAUAUCUUCAAUCUAUAUCUGGGAAACUAUCCAGAUGAUUCGUAUCAGUCCAGAGGGUGACAAACGACGCCACAAGAUUCUGUAUGAACUAGUUGCCAUCAAUGUUGCAGCUAUCAUCAUGGAUAUAUCGUUGGUGGUACUUGAAUACUUGGGGCUUUAUUUCACGCAAGUGAUAUUCAAGGCCACAGUUUAUAGCAUUAAACUAAAAUUGGAAUUCGCGGUGCUGGGAAUGUUGGUCUCGAUUGUACAUUCCCAUUCAGACUCAGGGCCACCAGCGUGGGACGCAGAUUGGACUACGUCAACGUUCUCAUAA